UUUACCCUGGCAGAACAGGAGUUGAGCUAAGGGCUACAUAUAUGGCCGAGCAGCUGCCCCCAGAGAUGGCCCUGCCAGCCCGGAUGACAGCUGUGGACAACACUGAAGCCCCGCCACUUCGGGCCACCCGCCGCGGCUCUCAGCCUCCACCUCCAGCCCAGGGCACCGAGGAAGGGAAAGCACCACUCAUGCCCUCUCGCCGCAGCUCCGUCCUGAGCACCCUCCCGCCACCCCUGGCCAGCCGCCGCAGCUCGCUCAGAGCAGCCCCAGGGGGCCGGCGCCCUUCCCUCGGCCUUUGGAUGCUCCACAGCCGUGUAAGCUUCUCCGGGCUCCCCCUCUUCCAGCCCGCCCUCAAGCCCCGCCUCGAAAACACGUACAGGAUGCAGCCGGAUGAAGGCUGCAAGUUCAACACGGAGCAGGUGGAACGGGUGCUGAAGGGAAGCCUGGCCGGGGCCCUGGGGACCACAGUCUACAACGCCCAGGACAGUGCCCAGCUAGCCCAAAGUCUGGUUGAGCUGCUGCAGAGUCAGGCAAAGGAGGUGGUGCCACCCCGUUACAAGCUGGUCUGUCAGGUCCUGCUCGGCCAGCAGGGCCAGCAAAGCCUGCUGGUGGCCAGCCAGGCUCUGUGGGACCCCAAGAGUGACAACUUUGCCUGCACCACUUUCUGCAAUGCCUCCAUCUUUGCCGUGGCCACAGUGCACGGAGUCUACUUUGAAUAA